AUGCUCAGGCCAAGCUUUGCAAUGGACCCUGGCCCCCAUCAAACCCCAAGGGAUUCACCCAGCGCCGAGCACACGCGCUUUGUGCCGGUGACGGACGGGCCAGGGGCGUCACGUGGCCACGAGGCGCUCGGGAGGUGGGUGCUGAGCAGCUCGUGGUGGGGCCUGGAGCGCGAGCGGGUUCGGUACCUGCUUAGCCAACUGCAGCAGAAAGAAGCAGCAGAGGAGAAGCUGGAGGAUUCUCUCACCGAGAACAAGCAACUGCUACUUGAGUGGCUUGAGUUCCAGGAUGAAGAGCUUGAGAAAAUGAGGGAACUUUGUGAGAAGAACCACAAGCUUCUCCAGGAGAAUGAGUCCCUCAAACAGCCAAAGAUUCGCCAUCAGACAACUGCAAAACCCCAUGCACAGACCCCAGAAAUGUCUGAAUCUGGGGAGACUGGAGGGGAGAUGGAAGAUGCAGAGUGGGUGCCAAUAAAAGCAGCCGAAGGAUUCAAGAAAAGCCUGUCGGGUAUGAUCCAGCGUUCCUGCCACGGCCGAUGUGGAAACAGGCAGUGUGGCUACAGGAAGCAGAAGUGAGGCUGUACCGCAGGCUGUC